GUCAUAUGUCAAACGUCAAAAAAGAUGAGAAAUUCUAUGGUCCAUGUCAAAUCGUCUUCUGUUGACGUGUAAAUUUGUAGUUUUAAAUAUUUAUUCUGGAUUAUUCUUGUUAAUUGAAAAUGGGAUCCUUUAAAAGGGAUAAAAAAGAAGAGGAAGAUGGUGGCGGAAAUCCUUUCCAAAAUGUUGAAAAGACUACAGUAUUACAAGAAGCGAGAGCUUUUAAUGAUACCACCUUAAAUCAUCGAAAAUGUACCCAUAUCCUUACAAAAUUACUUUAUUUGUUGAAUCAGGGCGAACAACUCGGUACAAAAGAAGCUACCGAUGUUUUUUUUGCUAUGACAAAACUUUUUCAAUCAAAAGAUGUAAUUCUCAGACGCUUAGUUUACCUAGGUAUUAAAGAGCUCAGUUCGAUUGCUGAUGAUGUUAUUAUAGUUACUUCAAGUUUAACAAAAGAUAUGACAGGAAAGGAAGAUCUGUAUAGGGCUGCAGCUAUAAGAGCUCUUUGCAGUAUAACAGAUGGUGCAAUGCUUCAAGCCAUAGAAAGAUAUAUGAAACAAGCUAUUGUUGAUAGAAAUUCGGCAGUAAGUUCUGCUGCCUUAGUCAGUUCUUUACAUUUAACUAAAUUAGCUCCAGAAGUGGUGAAAAGAUGGGUAAAUGAAGCCCAAGAAGCUGUUAACAGUGAUAAUAUUAUGGUUCAGUAUCAUGCACUUGGAUUGUUGUAUCAUAUAAGAAAGUCAGAUCGUUUGGCUGUCACUAAAUUGGUGGCAAAGCUGACCCGUAUGAGUUUAAAAUCUCCCUAUGCGGUUUGUAUGUUGAUUCGUAUUACCGCAAAGCUCAUAGAGGAAGAGGAUUCUGGUAGUGACUCUCCUCUCUUUGAAUUUUUAGAGUCCUGUUUAAGGCAUAAAUCAGAAAUGGUAGUUUAUGAAGCCGCUCAUGCUAUAGUUAAUUUGAAACGUACAACAAGUAGGGAACUAGCCCCUGCUAUCACUGUACUUCAAAUCAACUGUGGUUCGCCUAAACCUACAGUUAGAUUUGCUGCUGUACGUACAUUGAAUCAAGUGGCCAUAACUCAUCCAGCUGCAGUAACUGCUUGCAAUAUGGAUUUGGAAAAUCUGAUCACUGAUUCUAAUAGGUCCAUUGCUACACUUGCGAUAACUACACUUCUCAAAACAGGAGCUGAAUCUUCUGUUGAAAGACUUAUGAAACAAAUAGCUACUUUUGUCUCCGAAAUAAGUGACGAAUUCAAAGUUGUUGUUGUGCAAGCCAUCAGAGCAUUAGCAUUGAAAUUUCCUAGAAAGCAUAGCUCUUUGAUGAACUUCUUAUCUGCAAUGUUGAGAGAUGAAGGAGGCCUCGAAUAUAAGGCAUCAAUUGCUGAUACUAUAAUUACUAUCAUUGAAGACAACCCUGAUGCUAAAGAAACAGGGCUUGCACAUCUUUGUGAGUUCAUUGAAGAUUGUGAGCACACUUCAUUAGCUGUGAGGAUUCUGCAUUUGUUAGGAAAAGAAGGCCCCAAAACCAAACAACCUUCAAGGUAUAUUCGUUUCAUCUACAAUCGUGUCAUUUUGGAAAAUCCAACAGUGAGAGCAGCUGCAGUUUCAGCAAUGGCUCAGUUUGGUGCCACUUGUCCUGAUUUAUUAGAAAAUAUUCAGGUUCUAUUAGCUCGGUGUCAAAUGGACUCUGAUGAUGAGGUUAGAGAUAGAGCUACUUACUAUAGCCACAUUUUGAGGCAACAAGAUAAGAGUCUUUAUAACAAUUAUGUACUGGAUACACUUCAGGUAUCAGUCCCAUCUCUAGAAAGAUGCCUUAAAGAAUACAUCCAAGGAAAUAAUGAAGAACCAUUCGACAUCAAAACAGUACCGAUUGCUUCAAUACCUGCUCAAGAAGAAAAAGAAACCAAACAGAAAACAGACGGUAUGCUUCAUACUACAGGGCCAAUCAAACCAGCCCCUGUAUCGCGAGAAGAAAACUACACAGAAAAAUUGUCAGCCAUACCAGGAAUUCAAGCAAUCGGUCCUCUUUUCAAAAGUUCAGAAGUGGUCGAACUUACGGAAUCUGAAACUGAGUAUUAUGUCAGAUGUAUCAAGCAUUGCUUUAUGCACCAUAUGGUGCUGCAGUUUGAUUGUCUGAAUACACUGAGCGAUCAACUUUUGGAGAACGUGAAGGUACAAUUGGAUCCCAGCGAGGGAUAUGAGAUUGUCGGUGAAAUAGCUUGCCCUAGGCUGCCAUAUAACGAAACUGGAACAUGUUAUGUGGUGCUCAAAUUUCCAGAAAAUGAUUUGCCAAAUUCCAUUGGAACAUUUGGUGCCGUUUUGAAAUUCAUUGUGAAAGAUUGUGACCCUACCACAGGUCUCCCAGACAGUGACGGAGGCUAUGAUGAAGAAUAUAUGUUGGAAGAUCUUGAAAUUACACUUGGAGAUCAAAUACAAAGGGUGAACAAGGUGAGCUGGAAUACAGCAUGGGAAGAAGCUGAUCAAAGCUUUGUUGAAAUGGAAGAUACUUAUUCCCUCAGUUCCAUGAAUACUUUAGAUGAAGCGGUAAAGAAUAUUAUUCAGUUUCUUGGGUUACAACCAGCGGAAAGAACAGAUAAAGUACCAGAAGGAAAAACCACUCACACUUUGCUGCUGGCAGGAGUAUUCAGAGGUGGUUAUGAUAUACUUGUAAAAGCCAAAUUAGCUUUGGCAGAUGGAGUUAACAUGCAACUCAAGGUGAAAUCCACACAAGAAGAUGUAGCUGACCUCAUUAUUUCAGCUGUUGGUUAAUUACAUUUUACUAUUGUUAGGUAUUAGUAUAAUAUCGAAAAUUUUAUUAUAAAUAUUCUAUGUUCAACUGUAUAUCCAAAAUAAAGUGAUAACAAUUU